UGCUCUGUGUGUGGGAAGGCAUUUUCAUGGUCAUCAAGUCUUAAGAGACACCAGAGAACACACACGGGUGAGAAGCCAUUCCUGUGCUCUGUGUGUGGGAAAACAUUUGCACACUCAUCACAUCUUCAGAGUCAUCAGAGAACACACACGGGCGAGAAGCCAUUCCUGUGCCCUGUGUGCGGGAAGACAUUUGCACAAUCGACAGGAGGCAAGAAGCCAUUCAAUUGCUCUGUGUGUGGGAAGUCCUUUUCACGGCAAUCAAGUCUUCAGAGACACCAGAGAACACACACGGGCGAGAAGCCGUUCCUGUGCCCUGUGUGUGGGAAGACAUUUGCACGGUCAUCACAUCUUCAGAGUCACCAGAGAACACACACGGGCGAGAAGCCAUUCCUAUGCCCUGUGUGUGGGAAGAAAUUUGCACACUCAUCACAUCUUCAGAUUCAUCAGAGAGCACACACGGGCGAGAAGCCAUUCCUGUGCUCUGUGUGUGGGAAGGCAUUUGCACAGUCAUCACAUCUUCAAGACCAUCAGAGAACACACACGGGCGAUAAGCCAUUCCUGUGCCCUGUGUGUGGGAAGGCAUUUUCACAGUCGUCAAAUCUUAACACGCAUCAAAAGGAAGACCCGUCGGACUCACGGGAUGACCGCGAGGAUAACCUUGACGACUCGGGCCAGCUGGCAUCGGGGGGAGAGGACGAGGAAAUGCCGACGCCGCAGGACCCGCCAGGGCGCCGGACGAGCGACUGGGGACCGAUGCCCUGCGGAAAGUAUGGGGGCGUUGGCCGCGACCGCGGAUGCACCGAUCGGUGA